AGUCUCUCCUCUCCAACUUAAUUAAAUCUCAAAGUAAUUGUCAUUCCUCCUUCUGAGAGCGUAAUUUAUAAGGAUAACAGACUUCGGCAAUAUAUCUUUUUCGUUCAGGUUUUGAACUUUUCGUUUCUGUUCAAUAAGGCAGAAAUUCAGGUAGGGUAUAUAGUCACCAUGGAUUCGGUUAGAGGACAAGGAGGCAUCCAGAUGUUGCUAACAGCAGAACAGGAUGCUCAACACAUUGUGAACAAUGCUAGAAACUCAAAGAUGGCACGCUUGAGACAAGCUAAAGAAGAAGCUGAUAGGGAAGUGCAACUCUAUCGCACGAAUAUGGAGGCUGAGCACCAAAAGAAAAUUUCAGAUUCAAGUGGGAGUUCUGGGUCCAAUGUGAAAAGGCUUGAAGAGGAAACUGAUACAAAAAUUAAGAACUUGAAAGAGUCAGCCUCAAAGGUCCAGUCGGAUAUUGUCGGCAUGCUUAUUAAGUAUGUCACAACUGUGAAAACUUGAAGCGUCCGCAGUUACAAUAUAUAUGUGUAAAGCAAAGCGAGAGAAUCCGGAAUAAAGUGCAUAACUAGCAGUCCGGCUAAUAUUCCAAACUCAGUCUUGUUACAUCUCACUGAAGCAUGUCUUAGCUUGCUGUAGUUGUGGAAGACUUUGAGAGAACGUUUAGUAUUCUCUUCAACUUUGAAAAUUAUUAGGUUAUUUAUUUUUUAUUCAAAUGAUAUUCUAAUAAAUUUAAUUAAGACUACGGGGAUGAAGAUUCAAAUU